UUGAGGAUGAUCCCCACUAAAGAGUGGGGAAUGGCCAAAGUCCCUAUCAAAGAGAGCUGCUAAAAUAUAUACAAAAUGAUGGAAACAGUGCUUAGAUACACUUUUUUGACCUCACAAACCGUAAACCUAGUCUCUCAAAAUCAACUUUAACCCAAGUACGGAAUUUCUGUAUACACAACUUAUCAACACGGUUUAAUAAAAUGGCAUUCAACAACUAUCAAGAAGAUGCUGGUCCUUAGGACUUCUAGUCUUGCAUUAUGCUAAAACACGUUUAACUAAAUUAUCAGUUGACCCAGGCAAAAUUAAGACUGGAAGCACAAAUUUUGUUGAGGAUUUGUAAAUUCAAACCAAUAUAUAGGGAAAUAUGAGUCUGAUUGAUUAAUCCAGGAUUUAGGGUUUUAUGGGUUUAAUAUAUUCAUUCAGGGUCAUAGGGUCUAAGGGUCAAAUUGAGCAAUUGAGGGUUUAAGUUUUUAAGGGUUUGAUUGGUUUGUUAAGGGGUCUGUCGAUUUGUUUGCGUUAUAGGGUUUUAAGGGUUUGAGUGAUGUCAAUGGACUUAACAAAGAAAGACCCCAGAUUUCACGACGAUGAUGAUGACGAAGAAGAAGAAGACGAUGCAGCAGGGCGAUGGGACGACUGGGACGACGAGGAGGAGGAGUCCAUGCAAUGCCUUUGUCUUUUCUGCAAUCAGCGUUUGGAUUCAGCUGAUGCCGUCUUCAAGCAUUGCUGCAAAGAUCAUGCUUUUGAUUUUUCAAGCCUUCGAAAAUCGCUUGCUCUCAACUUCUAUGAAACUUUCAAGCUCAUCAAUUACCUGCGAUCUCAGGUCGCAGAAAAUAGAUGUUGGAGUUGUGGAUUGGUUCUAGAAUCCAAUAAAGCUCUUCUUGAGCAUUUGCAUGCAUCCAACCACUCCAGUAAUUUAAUGGAUUCAAAUGGCAGCAAAGAUGGUCAAGUCACCUGGCAGGAUGACAAAUAUCUCUCCCCCUUUCUGAAAGAUGAUCCCCUAUUGUACAGCUUUGAAGAAGAAGAAGAAGAAGAAGAUAUUAUGGAGGGUAUUAAUAGCAUUGAUGUGGCCGAGAAAGAGGAACUAAUUAGAGAACUAGGAGGUGAUGACUUGAUCAAUGUGAAACAUUUGGUUGAGAGUUUGAGUGAUGAUGACCUUUCAGAUUCAGCUCCAAAUAACUUUUGUACUAGUGAAUCAACUAGUGGAGCUAAAGAUGCACAGGGAAAUGAUAGACCUAAUGACAGAAAAGUAUAUGGUCUUAAUACAGACACUAAUCAUUGCAAUGGAAAGGCCACACUAGAGCAGAAUUCUAAACCAUUUUCUGUUCGAAAGACAAAGGAAAAUAAGUCAAGGGUUACUUUUGCAAAUGUGGCUAAGAAGGAGAUUAUGAACAUUGAUGAGAGUUACUUUGGUGCUUACAGUCGCUUUGGAAUUCACAGGGAAAUGCUUAGUGAUCAGGUCCGGAUGGAUGCAUAUAGGGGAGCAAUUUUAAACAAUCAAUCUCUUUUCGAUCAAGCCGUGGUUAUGGAUGUUGGCUGUGGAACUGGGAUUCUAAGUUUGUUUGCAGCUCAGGCAGGAGCUUCAAAAGUAGUUGCUGUUGAGGCAAGUGAAAAGAUGGCAUCUGUGGCUCGCCAGAUUGCAAAGGCAAAUAACAUGCUCAAGGAGGUGCAUGAUAGUGGCAAACAUGAGAGUUCAUCUGGAGUUAUUACUGUGGUUGAAGGCAUGAUUGAGGAACUUGAUAAUCGUAUGCCAACUGAACAUCAUAGUGUGGAUGUGAUAGUGAGUGAGUGGAUGGGAUACUGUCUUCUUUAUGAAUCGAUGCUUAGCUCAGUUAUUUAUGCUCGUGACAAUUGGUUGAAACCUGGUGGGGCUGUCCUUCCAGACACAGCAGAAAUGUAUGUGGCUGGUUUUGGGAAAGGUGGAACUAGCCUUUCCUUUUGGGAAAAUGUAUAUGGCUUCAACAUGUCUUGUAUUGGGAAGGAAGUAGUGGAUGAUGCCACAAAACUUCCAAUUAUUGAUGUCCUAGAGAGCAAGGACAUAGUAACAGAGACCUCUAGUCUGCAUGCUUUUGAUCUUAUGACAGUGAAAUCAGAGGAAAUGGAUUUUACGACAACAUUUGAAUUGAAACUAAAAUGUCAAAAAGAAAAUGGGUCAUCUGGCUCACAACAAGCAUUCCUUUCUGAGGGAUACAGAGAAACAACAGCUUCCAGUGAUUUCAAGGAUUUGUCUUUGUCUAGCACGGUUUGGUGUUAUGGACUUGUAUUAUGGUUUGAAACAAAUUUUACCAGCAGAUUCUGCAAGGAGAUGCCAACCAUGCUCUCAACAUCUCCUUAUAAGCCAAAGACACACUGGUCACAAACACUGCUUACAUUCAAAGAACCAAUUGCUCUUUCUUCAUGUACAGCUGCGAAAGUAAAUGGUUCUAAGCAGAUGUUAGGCACAGAGUCUGUACCUGCUUCAUUCAUCAAAGGCCGUAUUAGUAUUGCACGCAGCUACAGACAUCGUAGUAUUGACAUCUCAGUUGAAACCAUGGCAGUUGGUGCAGAGGAUGAGAUUAGGGUAUGGCCUGUACAGAUAUUUAAUAUCUAGAUGUGCAUCAUAUUUAUUAUGGUCACCAUACAGAAUCAUGCAGCAACAGACUUCAUUAUUAUUCUUUAAUCUUUAAGGCUUGUUUAUUCCAAUUUUGGUUGGCCUUGCAAGGUCGAUUUGUGUUUUGAUUUAACAGCUAAAACCUAGUAGCUGUCACAUAGUUUUGACUUACUCCUAUGGCUGUGCAACAGAGCUUAGUUUUUAGUGAUGAUGUAUUUUAGGAUUCAUAUUUGCUAUACAGCCUUUCUCACAAGAUAAGAGAGUUAUUUUGGGAUGGA